CCCGAAGCCCCGGCUAAGGCGGGGAUUUGGACCAUGCUAGGGGUGGGGCUUGCGGAGCAAGAUGGCGGCCACCAGGCCCUUGUCGCUAACGGCCGCGGCGUUCAGGGCGGUCAUACCCUGGCCCCGGGGCAGGCUCCUCGCGCCCUCUCCCGGGCUUUUGACCCGCUGGGAAGCGACGUCCUCCAAUCCAGAGGCUGGCGAGGGACAGAUCCGCCUCACAGAAAGCUGUGUCCAGAGGCUGCUGGAAAUCACCGAAGGGUCAGAAUUCCUCAGGCUGCAAGUGGAGGGAGGUGGAUGCUCCGGAUUCCAAUACAAGUUUUCGCUGGAUACAGUUAUUAACCCCGACGACAGGGUAUUUGAACAGGGUGGAGCCAGAGUGGUGGUUGACUCUGAUAGCUUGGCCUUCGUGAAAGGGGCCCAGGUGGACUUCAGCCAAGAACUUAUCCGAAGCUCAUUUCAAGUGUUGAAUAACCCUCAAGCCCAGCAAGGCUGCUCCUGUGGGUCAUCCUUCUCUAUCAAAAUCCGACACAAUGACAGAUGACCCUUGGGAUUGCCAUCAAAUUGUACCAGUAUGAAAAACCUGGAAUAGUAGAAUUCUGUAGGUUUCUUUCUUAUCAUGUCACGUUCUCAUUUUAUUUAAUUUAAUCCAGGAGUGUUCUAUUUUACCAUUAUUAAUUAUGGAACAUGAAGCUUUUCGUCUUGGCCACAGUACUCUCCCCUCCCCCCGGCACAAUGUUAAGGCCAAGUCCAAAUGCUGUUACCUCAACUUUAAUCACUGGUUGGAACCCAGUAUAAUUUGUAGCACCUCUUAGGCUCCAAAAUUUGGAGUUAACGCCUCUACCUUCAGAGUUGUUUGUAUAUAUGUAUAGCUUUGUAUAAAGCAUCAUCUUAAACUAU